GGAGCGGUGGUAGUACAUAAUCGUCCGCGUGGGUGCGGGAUUAAAUCAGCCUGCUGAAGGUUCUUUGGUCUAGCGUCUUGAACCUGGUGGUGAGUUUGGUCAAUGGGGUUGGGGUGUUGGUUCGCUGUAUGGAAGCCUGAGUUGGAUGGGGUCGUGGACGUCCAGCGAUCCUUCCAUGUCUUGUUUGUGCAGGCUUUCUACGAAGGAUAGUGAGAGUCGGGUGUCGUCGAGCAGUUUGCACACCGUUUUUCUGAAGGCCCGUGUGUUCCUGGGUUUGCCUUGGAAUAUGCGCUUGAUCACACUCGUGUUAUCCGAGUAGAAAACUACUCUGUGGGACGUGUAUCAUCCUCGAGGAGGAAUUCGUGAUCUCCCAUUCCUAUAUAAGAGCAUGUGACAACUUCCUCACGUUCGUUCAGGUCUCGUCCUUCCUCGCUCAACAAUCAUGAGGGCGGUGAUCCUUGCGCUAGCAUCUGCUCUUGCGACGAACGCAAUGCCGACAGAUACUGCGGUUCGCUUCAAUGGCUUAGUUGAAAACCUCGCCCCACCACCAGUUGACGAGUGGGCAAUCUUGCAAGAGGGCGUCGCGAGCGUUGUUGAAUCUGCUGUCAAGAAAGUCGCCGAUACUAUCUCAUCUGCAUUAAGGACUCCGCCCACCAUCUCUCGAUGGAAGGGAUUCAAGGGGGAGCGCGAAGUCGAGUUCGUUCAACACGGAAACAGUGUUUAUGAGCUUCUUCGCAUGCCCGAAUUUCCUGAGCACCAGAUACGUCUGAAAUCGCCCAGCUUGUGCGAUAAAAGCGUGAAACAGUAUGCCGGGUACCUCGACAUCGCGGAGAAUAAGCAUCUCUUUUUCUGGUUCUUCGAGGCCCGCGUGAACCCAAAGGAAGCACCUCUUGUCCUUUGGCUGAAUGGAGGACCGGGUUGCUCCAGCAGCAAUGGUCUCCUUUUCGAGCUCGGCCCCUGUAGCAUUAGGCCUGAUGGUCAAGACACCGAGUUAAACAAGUAUUCUUGGAAUACUCACGCUAACAUAAUAUUCCUUGAUCAGCCUGUCAAUGUUGGGUAUUCUUACUCCGAAGAUUCCACCGUGAACAACACCCCUACCGCGGCCGAAGAUGUUUGGGUGUUCUUAGAGCUAUUUUUAAACCGUUUCGAGGAAUACGCCAAACUGCCUUUCCACAUUGCAGCCGAAAGUUACGGAGGUCGAUAUGGUCCACUCAUCGCCUCAGCAAUUUUCAAACACAAUCAAGAACUUGCUCUCGCGCCAACCCCAAGCCCCACUAUAUUGCACAUUAACCUGGCUUCCCUCCUCAUUGGAAAUGGUUUAACUGAGCCAUAUACUCAAUUUUCUACUGUUCCCGAGUAUGCAUGUAACGGGCCAUACCCCGUUUAUGAUGACCCAGAAGGGCCUGAAUGUCAGGCACUUCGAAGCAAGGUCCCCACAUGCCAGCGACUCGUCCAGUCUUGUUACACUUUUGGAACCAAGUUUACUUGCGUUCCCGCUGGUCUCUAUUGUUGGUCUCAGUUGUACGGGCCGUUCCAGCAACUCGGUCUCAAUCCUUAUGACGUUCGUCGCAAGUGUGAUAGGUCGCAAGAUGGGGACUUGUGCUACAAGCAAACGGGUUGGAUCGAGACUUACCUUAACAAAGCCUCGGUGAAGCAAGAACUUGGCGUCGACCCUGCGACGGAGUUCAAGAGCUGCGAUGCAGACGUUAACCAAGCGUUCAUGUUGCAAGGUGACGGGGUGCAUAACAGUGCUGCCGUUCUUCCUGAGUUAUUAGAAAAUGGUAUACGCCUCCUUGUUUAUGCCGGGGACGCUGACUUUAUGUGCAAUUUCAUUGGUAACCACGAUUGGAUGCUUAAGCUCGAGUCAGUUUACCAUGACGAGUUCCAUAAGGCGCCGUUCUUCCCAUUCCACACUAGCGGUGGUAAGUUCGCUGGCGAAUUCCGCGCAGCUGGUGGAGGCGGUCAUUUCGGUGCUGGGAAUUUCACCUACGUUGUCGUUCACGAGGCUGGGCACAUGGUUCCAUAUGAUCAACCUGAGGCCGCCCUAGAUCUCUUUGUUCGGUGGAUCACCGACUCUCCUCUUGGCCAUGGCUCUAACAGUUCCAAGAGUGCUGGCAUUCCCCCGCUCUCCUUGUAAUCGUGGCUAGAGACUUUCAUAUUGUUGGACACGGCCUCGGCACAUUCGUAUGGGAAGCCUACGUAGUAAGGCUGCUGGUAACACAAACUGGCCUAAGCCUUCAUUGCAGAUACCUAAUGAUAGAAGAGUCCCAAUAUAGUUUUUUCGUGCAUCAGCUCCAUUUGGACGGGCAAGUUAUGACGGCGCUCGGGGCUCACAGUACCCGUGCCCCGUCAUACUGUUGAUAUUUUAUUUAUGCCACUCCUUAUCAAUUGUCAUUCCUACUUCUCAACCAUUGAUAUUUUUCUUCGUACCAUAUCACCUUCAUCAGUGCGUGCUUGCACACGGCUAUGAGUGACUGUCCUCCCUGAAAACCCACCUGAUCCUUGCAGACCUUUUGGGUAGCCAGUGCCGAUAGUAGAAUGAAUCCCUGUCAGCAAACGGCGCAUACGAGAAGAUCGAGGAUAUAUUAGAGAACGAGUAACUUAGAAACCCUGACCCAUAACAUC